AUGAAGUUAGAGCUUACCAGACUAAGAUCAAAAUAUGGUAAUGAAACAACAAAUACUACAACGCAAACGACGAAAGCUGACAGAAAGAUUGAUGACACUCCUACUCCAACUCCUGCAAUGGCGAACAUCACAACAAUUGCUCCAAGAGUUCCAACAGGAGAAGGUAUAUCAGGAAAUGUUUCAACUACUCAUAACAUUACUGAAGCAGCUAAUGUUUCAGCAGUUGAGCAACCUGUUGUUAAUGUAACUCAGGAAAACGCUACUGAAACAUCAACACCAAGACAGGAUGUAAAUAAUGAACGUCCAGAAGUUAAGGAGGUUG